AUGAGCUUGGCAGGCAAGCCCAAGACCAAGGCCAAGCAGCGCUACCUGAAAGCCAAGAAGGACCGGCGCAAGGCCCGCAAAGCCGCUGGCCCGAAGCCGCCUGGCGAAGCUUCCAAGAAGCAGCGAUGGGAGCAGCACGAGGAGCAACAAAGCGACGAGGACGACGACGUAUCAGUACGGGACGACGCGGUCACGACGGAGGAUGCGGGCGCCCUGCCGGACACCAGCGCUGCCUCACAGAAUGACCGUCAAGAAGAAACGACAAGUGAACCUGCCGCGACUACUACCUACCUCUACCGCUUUCCACGCCCGCAGCAGACGGCGAGCGAUGACGCCACCGAUCUCCUUGCCUCGCAAGGCAUCCCCGAUGCGCUCUUACACCCCACUGAAGUGGCUGCCUCCAAGACACAGGCGCUCGAUACCCCCGAUGACCAGCUCCUGCACCUGUGUCCCGAGACGCGGCGGCAGCUCGCCGAGCUAGGGAUCACCGAGUGGUUUGCCGUUCAGGCCACUGUGAUUCCCGCGCUGCUACACGAUCCUCGCAUGCGACACACAUACCUGCCUUACACGCCACCGCAUGACUUGUGCAUUUCCGCACCGACAGGCAGCGGCAAGACUCUUGCCUACAUCGUGCCUAUCAUGGAAUUGCUGCGGACUCGUACGAUCGUGCAGCUCCGAGCGUUGAUCCUCGUGCCCACCCGCGACUUGGCCGUGCAAGUGCGCGACGUAUUCGAAGCCGUCGCCAAGGGUAGUGGUCUGCGAGCUGCGACCAUCACUGGCCAUCACAGUUUCCGACACGAGCAGGAGCAACUCCUUCACGUGGAUGUUGUCAUGGCCACACCUGGUCGGCUAGUGGAUCAUAUCCGCGGCACGCCUGGGUUCACUCUGGAGCACUUGCGUUUUCUCGUGAUCGACGAGGCAGACCGCCUCCUUGGCCAGUCUUUUCAGGAAUGGGUAUCGACGCUCCUAGACGCGCUCGAGCCACACGGACCGUCAGAUCGCCUCUGUGCUCCUCCGCGACUCUGGACCGAAUCCGACACAUGGGCGCGGGACGAUAUACAAGUGCCGCAGCCGAGCGUACAAAAAUUGCUGUUCUCCGCCACACUCUCGCGUGAUCCAGCCAAGAUAAGUGCACUGCGUCUGCGCGACCCGCAGUUUAUCCGCGUGCGCGACGGCGCAGAACAGGGCCAAUUCGCCCUCCCAUCGAGUCUGCACCAGCACAUGCUCAUCUGCCCCACCAACGAAAAGGUCUUGCACCUUCUGCACAUGCUGCAUGGCGAUCAGCACAUUCGCCAGGCACUGUGCUUCACCAAGAGUGUCGAUGCGGCCAACCGCCUUGUUCACCUCCUGCUCUUCUUCGAAGAAGCCUGGGCCCAGGCCACGGCUCAGCCGCCACUCCACAUCCACUUUUACUCCUCGGACCUGCGUACGAGCGAGCGCAAGCAGCUGCUGCGGGCGUUUGAGCGUGGUGAAGUGGACGUGCUCGUGUGCUCGGAUUUGAUUGCGCGCGGCAUCGACUUGCCGGAUGUGCGCCAUGUGAUUUCGUACGACGUGCCUGUCGAUAUGGCCAAGUAUGUGCACCGUGUGGGCCGCACGGCUCGUGCAGGCCGUGUGGGCGAUGCAUGGAGCCUGGUGGAAGAACAAGAAGUGUACCACUUCAAGCGCAUGCUAAACGAGGCUGGGCAGCUGGAACAUAUCCAGCGACACAAGGUGCACUCUGGCGCGUUUGAUCCACUCCUACCCCACUACAAGGCAGCUCUAGCGCGCCUCGCACAACUCUAUAGUCAACAGCGCUAA